CAGACAAACUCUGCAGCUUUUUGUCUAGUUGUAGAUCUGGCAACUAAAGAUAAAAUUGUUUGUCUUUUUAAGUGGAUGAUUCCUCAGUUCAAUGCAUUGCAUUUGUCGCCUUAUAUCUUGUCGAAUGUCAUCCACGUCAUUAGUGGUACUAGUAAACAAAAUUCCACUGCACUUUGCCAGCCAUCAGCUGCAUACUCUUGACUGGAAUCUCAACGGCUCACAAAAUACUAGUCUCAGCUCUUCAAUGCGUAAGCUUCCAUAUUCGGCUAACAUUUUCUGUAUCCACUUCACCCCUGAGCUUGACUAAGGAAAAGGGUGGGAAAGAACCAGGAUGGUGAGCACCAAUUCAGCAAAAUCGGAGAGGCAGGCCGAACUGCAGGCUUUCGACGAUACAAAAUUGGGCGUAAAAGGCCUCGUUGAUGCUGGAAUAGCUGAGCUGCCAACGAUAUUCAAGCAUGAUCCUUCCACGAUCAAUGCAGAUCCAGUUUCAGAGUCUGCCAAAUUCACCAUACCAGUCAUAGACUUGGGAGGCCUGAAGGAUGCUGAUCCACAUUCACGAACUGCCGCAGUUGAUAAGAUCCACUAUGCCUGCUCGGAAUGGGGGUUCUUUCAGGUGAUCAAUCAUGGCAUCACGGAGUCGCUCCUGCAGAGAGCAAUUAAUGGAGUUAGAAAGUUUCACGAGCAGGAGAGUGAGGUCAAGAAAGAAUUCUACAGUAGGGAUGAAGCAAGAAAGGUCAUGUAUAACACCAACUUCGAUCUGUACCAAGCUUCAGCGGCUAAUUGGAGGGACAGUUUGUACUGCCUUAUGGCUCCUGUGCCUCCACAUCCUGAAGAUUUGCCGUCCAUUUGUAGAGAUGUAAUAAUCGACUAUUCAAGAGAAAUGAAGCAAUUGGGGCUAACCAUUUUCGAGUUGAUCUCCGAAGCUCUGGGACUAGAAUCCAAUCAUCUCAGAGACAUGGGCUGCGCCGAUGGACUUUAUCUGAUAGGCCAUUACUACCCGCAAUGUCCCGAACCAGACUCGACACUGGGAGUCAGCAAGCACACGGACAGCGCCUUUCUCACAGUAGUCCUCCAGGAUCAAAUCGGCGGGCUGCAGGUCCUUCACCAAGGCCAAUGGGUCGACAUCAAUCCCAUCCCUGGAUCCCUAGUCGUCAACUUGGGAGACAUGUCUCAACUGAUCACGAACGACAAGUUCAAAAGCGUGUACCAUAGAGUGGUGUCGAAGAGCGUCGGACCCAGAAUUUCCAUCCCUUGCUUCUUCAGAACGCACCAUCAAUACGAAGGUAGCGAGAGGGUGUAUGAGCCGAUCAAGGAAAUAUUGUCGGAAGAGGAGCCGGCGAGGUAUAGGGCGACGACGAUACGAGAGUAUGUGACCUGCGUCUACUCCAUUGGGCUUGACGGCAAGGAUAAAUUGAGGCAUUUCAGGCUGUAACUGUCGGCCGAAAUCGUAAUGGACGUUUGCGGCUCAAUAAGUAUUGGGCUCUUGUUUCUUGGGUUAAACAUGGUUAAGGUCGUCGGCUUGACUCUUGAGCUUGUUACUGUUGUUUUCUGUUGUAUUUUUGGAGUGACACGUAACCUUGCUGUUGUCACGCAUGACGUAAUAUUGAAUUGUCAGACUUUGUCCAAACGUUACCUGAUGUAUGUGUGCUGGUCGGUAGGGUUGUGAAUGAGUCGAGUCGAGUUUUGCCUUGUUCAAGUUUGGUUCGUUUAUAAACGAGUCGAACUCGAGCUGAGUUGAGUCGAACACGAUCUAGCUCAUUAAUUAAAUCUUGACUCAUCAUUAAGAUCGAAAGUUUGACUUGAGUUCAAUUCUAAGAUAAUUUAUAAAAUAAAUACCAUAAUUUAUA